CCUCCUCCAUCCCAUAUUCCAAUCUUCCCUCUCAUCUUCUUCCACAGUUCCGCCCUGCGCACGCUCACGCCAUCGCCGCCUGCCCCCGUUCUGCUCCCUUGACCACCCUUACAAAACCUCGAGAACUCCAAAUAUAUCCCACCUAAUCCCACCUCAUUCUCGUGCUCAUCUCGCUACGCCCCGACAACUCAAGAACGUCACACCACCGAAUCCCAACGCUCGACUCCCCCGAGUAGCCACUGCCUCCCUUGCUUCUGCGAGGAGAGAGGAGCAGAAUGAAGAGCCCCCCUACCAUGGAUCCUGAGGCGCCGGGCACUCCUCCGGAGACCACGGAGGAGGAGAGGCAGCAGCAGGGGCAGGGGGGCAGGAACCGGCGGCUGCCGUGGCGGAUGACGCUGAGCCUGGCGUACCAGAGCCUCGGCGUGGUGUACGGCGACCUGAGCACGUCGCCGCUGUACGUCUACAAGGCGGCGUUCGCGGACGACAUCCAGCACUCGGAGACCAACGAGGAGAUCCUCGGCGUGCUCUCCUUCGUCUUCUGGACGCUCACCCUCGUCCCCCUCCUCAAGUACGUCUGCGUCGUCCUCCGCGCCGACGACAACGGCGAGGGCGGCACCUUCGCGCUCUACUCCCUCCUCUGCCGCCACGCGCGCGCCGCGCUCCUGCCGCCCGGCCGCGGCGCCGAGCCAGGGGACGACGACCAGGAGCUCUCCGACGCCGCCGGCAAGAAGUACCUCGACUACGGCGGCAAUGCCAACGCGCCGCUCGGCGGCGGCGGCGCGGCCGCCAGCGUCAGGCGCGUGCUGGAGCGCCACAGGGUGCUGCAGCGCGUGCUGCUCGUGCUCGCGCUCGUCGGAACCUGCAUGGUCAUCGGGGACGGCGUGCUCACCCCGGCCAUCUCUGUUUUCUCCGCCGUGUCCGGGCUGGAACUGUCCAUGGAAAAGGGACACCACAAAUAUGUGGAGUUACCUCUUGCUUGCUUCAUACUGGUUUGCCUGUUUGCGCUGCAACACUACGGCACUCACCGGGUCGGAUUCCUGUUCGCUCCGAUUGUGAUAGCAUGGCUUCUAUGUAUAAGCUCGAUCGGUGUCUACAAUAUUUUUAAAUGGGAACCUCAUGUAUAUCGAGCGUUAUCUCCGUAUUAUAUGUACAAGUUCUUGAAGAAAACACAGAGAGGAGGUUGGAUGUCCCUGGGAGGAAUACUUCUAUGUGUUACUGGAUCUGAAGCGAUGUUUGCAGAUCUGGGGCAUUUCAACCAGUUGUCGAUACAGAUUGCUUUCACUUGCAUGGUUUACCCAUCAUUGAUCCUUGCAUACAUGGGCCAAGCAGCUUAUCUGUCUAAGCAUCAUAUCCUGGAAGGUGACUACAGGAUCGGAUUCUACGUGUCUGUGCCAGAGAUGAUUAGGUGGCCCGUUCUGGCAAUUGCCAUUCUUGCCGCAGUUGUGGGUAGCCAAGCUGUUAUCACCGGCACAUUUUCCAUGAUCAAGCAAUGCACUUCUCUAGGCUGCUUUCCCCGGGUGAAGAUCGUGCACACUUCCGCCAAAGUACAUGGGCAGAUAUACAUUCCAGAGAUUAAUUGGAUCCUGAUGAUACUGUGCUUAGCCGUAACCAUAGGUUUCAGAGACACGAAACACUUGGGCAAUGCAUCAGGACUGGCUGUUAUAACUGUCAUGCUCGUCACAACAUGCCUGAUGUCGCUGGUGAUAGUUCUGUGCUGGCACAAGAGCAUAUUCCUCGCCAUCGGGUUCAUCGUGUUCUUCGGCACCAUCGAGGCGCUGUACUUCUCGGCGUCGCUCAUCAAGUUCAAGGAAGGAGCCUGGGUCCCAAUCGUCCUCGCCUUCUUCUUCAUGAUGGUAAUGUGUAUCUGGCACUAUGGCACGAUCAAGAAGUACGAGUUUGAUCUCCAGAACAAGGUCUCCAUCAACUGGCUCCUCAGCCUCAGCCCGAACCUAGGCAUCGUCCGUGUCCGCGGCAUCGGCCUCAUACACACCGAGCUCGACAGUGGCAUCCCUGCGAUCUUCUCCCAUUUCGUCACCAAUCUGCCUGCAUUCCAUCAGGUGUUGAUCUUCAUGUGCAUCAAGAACGUGCCGAUACCUCACGUCUCGCCGGAGGAGCGGUUCCUGGUCGGGAGGAUCGGUCCCAAGGAGUACAGGAUCUACCGGUGCAUCGUCCGUUACGGGUACCACGACGUGCAGAUGGACGACCAGGAGUUCGAGAAGGACCUCGUGUGCAGCGUGGCGGAGUUCAUCCGCUCCGGCGGCGGCGGCGGGGGCGCCUCCAACCCCAAGGCCAACGGCGCGGCGCUGGACGAGAAGGACGAGGAGCGGAUGUCGGUGGUCGCCUCCGGCAGCAUGCGCAUGCUGGAGGAGGACGGCGUCGGCGCGGCGGAGAGCACGGCGGUGGGGCCAUCCCGCGCCGGCGCCGGUGGGGAGACGGGCGUGAGGAAGAGGGUGAGGUUCGUGCUGCCGGCGUCGACCCCGCGGCCGAACGCCGGCGUGGAGGAGGAGCUGCGGGAGCUGACGGACGCGCGGGAGGCCGGCAUGGCCUUCAUCCUGGGCCACUGCUACGUCAAGGCCAAGAGCGGGUCCAGCUUCUUCCGGCGGUUCGUCAUCAACUUCGGCUACGACUUCCUGCGGCGCAACAGCCGGGGCCCGACCUACGCCGUCACCGUCCCCCAUGCCUCCACCCUCGAGGUCGGCAUGAUAUACUAUGUCUGAUGAUGAAUCUGAUGAUCUCUGAAGAAUAUAUAGAAGAAAAAGAAAA